AUGGCAUCCAUUACCGCUUCAUACCCAUGGACCACAGCGCCUCUCAUCGCUGGUGCACCAAUGCGCUUGAUCUCUGGUCCAUCCCUUGUUCAUGCCAUCUCCGCAGCAGGUGGGAUCGGCUUCCUAGCCGCAGGUACAGACGUCAGUACCCUAUCCGAAAACCUCUCCGCCUUCAAAUCCCUCCUUUCCACCUCUCCGAUCCCAGGAGCACCUUCAGACGUCCUCCCCAUAGGCGUGGGAUUCAUCCUCUGGGGCGCAGAUCUAAAGCUUGCUGUUAAGGCACUCUCAGAACUACCAGAGCCACCGGCAGCAGUAUGGCUAUUCGCACCGUCAUCAUCUGAAGAACUAGGUUCCUGGGCGAACGGAAUCCGAUCGGCGACGAAGAACAAAUCCAAGAUAUGGGUACAAGCCUCCUGCGUCGCUGAUGCAAUCGAAGCGAUUAAAGUCGCAAACCCGGAUGUUUUUGUAAUCCAAGGUGCUGACGCGGGUGGUCAUGGACGAUAUGCGUCUGCGGGGUUGAUCAGUCUUGUUCCCGAACUCAUCGAUGCUGUUCGUGAGUAUUACGGAAAUUUAAAUGGAGGGGGGGAUACGUCAUCUUUCCCUUCCCCGCCGAAGUUUGUUGCUGCGGGCGGAAUAGCGGAUGAAAGGGGUGUUAACGCUAUUUUGGCGCUAGGAGCCGAUGGUGCGGCGUUAGGUACUAGAUUCUUGGCUGCAGAAGAAGCGGUGAUAAGGAAGGGGUAUCAAGACGCUGUGUUGAAGGCUGAAGAUGGCGGGAAUAAUACGAUUAGAACGGAUGUUUAUGAUAAACUGAGGGGAACCAUUGGAUGGCCGGAAGGGUAUGGUGGCAGAGGAGUCAUCAAUUUGAGUUAUGUGGAUGCGAUCAAAGGAGUUUCUUUCGAGGAGAACGAAAAGUUGUAUAAGGUAGCUGAGGGCGCGGGGGAUAAAGGAUGGGAGGAAGGGAAUGCGAGGAUGACGACCUAUGCGGGUACUGCAGUUGGAUUGGUGAAGAAGGUGGCGAAGGCUGGUGAUAUUGUGAGAGAGCUCAGGGGACAGAGAAUUUAG